CUCGCUCUCUCAAUUUUACCGAAGAGUGUUGCUUUCUGAUAGUUGCUUCUAGUCUUUGAUGUGUAGUGGUUUUGUUGGAUGCAAUCCAAUUGGAUAAUACUUAUUUGGCGUCGUAAACUCAGUGUUCUCCUGAUCGCCUCCAGUUUGGUGUUGCUUGCGCUUUGGUCCUGGGUUUUUUUCAUUUCAAGCAGCGCAGAUAUACCAACAGAUGGCCAAUUUAACGAUCUUAUUCAAACUGACAAUCCACAAAAUCAUGUAUAUCUCCUACAAAAACUAAUUUCACAAGCAAAUCGUGUUUUACGCUACCAACAAAAGCGGCACAACACUUCACCAAGUGUCGAUCAGAAUUUAUCGCAAGAACGGCGCCCCACCGGUGGCAUACCUGUGCCAGCAGCAGCGCAUAGUGGCAAAAAUUCUGGAAUUGUUCGUUUUGUGAAGCCAACGAAAAGGCCCCCUUCAAUUGCUGUUCUAGAAGCAACGGAGCAUACGCUUUCGGUAUUCCCACAUCGUACUAAAAAGCCUGUUGCUGUUGCAAAUUAUCUCUUUGAAGACGAACGCCUAAAAAUACUUGAGAACCAGCAGCGUGUUCGCAACGCUGGAAUGGGAGAGUUUCAGAUUGGUAUGGAUUAUGAUCGAAUGCUUACUUCGGCUGAACGACAAACGCAAUACGAACAUGAACUCUUGCGUUUAGGUGUACCUGUUAUACCUGGUAUUGGGCCGAGUGGUGCACGCGCCCCAAACGAACGCCUCGUACAUUUGGACUUGAAGGGUGCACCACCAAAGCUCUCAUUUCUGAAACGGUUGCUGCCGAUGCUGAAAACGCUUGGUGCUACUGGUCUUCUGAUCGAAUACGAAGAUAUGUUUCCAUAUACAGGGGUAUUACAAGCUUUAUCCGCCAAAAAUGCGUAUAAAGCAGAAGAGUUAAAGGACUUUCUGGAAAGCGUCAAGAUGCAUGGUUUAUCUAUAAUGCCUUUGGUGCAAACAUUUGGGCACUUUGAAUUUGCCUUAAAACUGCAAGAGUUUGAAAAAAUGCGCGAAAUACCAGAAAGUCCAGAAUCAAUUUGCCCAAGCCAACAGGACUCCAUCCUAUUUAUACAAAACAUGGUGACGCAAAUAAUAGAAUUCCAUAUGAGUAUAGAUGCAGGCGCUGCCGCAUAUAGUAGCAAUUCAACAGCUAAUGAGCCAUCCACUCACGCCACAACCUUUACACAUAUCCACAUUGGGUGCGACGAAGUGGCGCGCAUGGGCGAGUGCGUUCAAUGCCGCGAACAUGGUCAUCAUGAGAUCUUUCUUACACACGUCACUGGUAUUUCCAAUUUCGUUAAGACACAUUGGCCACAUUUGCAGGUGGUUAUUUGGGAUGAUAUGUUACGAGACAUGAUGCUAAGCGAAAUGCAACAUUCUCAUAUCGGCAGUUAUGUAGAGCCCAUGGUUUGGGUAUAUGCCAACGAUAUAUACCGAUUUAUUCAGCCACAGUUGUGGGACAUGUAUUCGAAAGUUUUCCCAACUGUUUGGGCAGCAUCUGCAUUUAAAGGCGCUUUUGGGGAAAGUUUAAUAGUACCACCAUUACAACGGCAUUUGGAAAACAAUAUAAGAUGGCUGGCAGUCAUUGCGAAAGAAGGUGGACGUUUUUCCAAGGGCAUUCGUGGUCUAGCACUAACUGGCUGGCAACGUUAUGACCACUUUGCAGUAUUGUGUGAAUUGCUACCCGUCGGAAUCCCUAGCCUAAUCACUUCGCUGUCUACUGUGUCGAAGGGUUAUUUCAUUACCAAUCCAAAGGAGAACAGCAUAUUGCGUAUUCUAGAGUGUGCCUUUCAUCCGGAUAGCAGAAGAUCGGGACAACCUUGGAUAGAACUUCACCCGAACUCACAUCAUAGCCAGUUGUUCUCAUCAUGUACAUAUCCUGGCAGUAUGAUUUACAAGUUUGCACUGCGACUUUUCGACAAAUUAACCGAACUGCAAAACUAUUUAGUACAUGUUCGUGAUCGUAGUGCCUGGAUGUCUGACUAUAAUGUGCGCCACAAUUUCUCAUCGCCACUGCGCGUGCACGAAUUGACGUACAACACUCCCAGCUACAUUAAUGAAUUGAGUACCAUGGCCAGAGAAGCACACGAGGUCAUGUUCGAGGUAUUCGACGAGUAUACGAUCACAGAAUUUGUUGAGCAAAAUAUUUAUCCGACGAUUGCCAGUUUGCAACGGCAGUUGGAAGUAGGACAGAAAUUAAUGCAGCGGCGCGUGUGGCCUCAGCGACCUCUUCCAUAUGGCGCUGAAUUGGCUGAACUAAAUUUGGUUCCCAUUCGAUUAUUAAAUGCUGAUCAAGUCGGCGCCAAUAGUGAUCAGAGCAAUGCAAAAACUCAUAAUUAGCUUUAAACAUUAUUUUUAAGCGAUUUUUAAAGAAAAAAAAAAUAUUUUGAAUGAUUUAUGCGAAGAAGCUGCUAGUUUCUUAUAACAUUGAAAAUCAAAUGAAAUCUUUACAUCAACUAAUAGCUUAUACAUACAUACUUAAAUCUUCAACACCAAAUGGAAGUUUGCUUGAGCAAACACUCAAUGUUAACAUUUAACAAUUGAUUCUAAUUGAAAAGUUAUACUUUAUAUCAUAAUAAAUGAAAGCACAUCAAAUCUA